CAACUUGUGUACGAAAUGUUUGGAAGGAAUGUCUGAUUACGAAGACCUAACAACACAGGUUUGCUCUUCAGUAUUUAGAUCUAGAUCUAGAGAUCUAACGAAUUUAAAAGAAUGUUGGAUGGUUAUCUCGAAAUUUGAACAAAAUGGAUCACUCCAAAGGUAGAAGAAAGUGGACCAAUGGUGAUCAAGACUUCCAAAUGCCUCUAAGUAUACCAGUUGCAAAAGAAGAGGUUCCUCCCCAGUAUGAACACUAUUUGCAUUUAUUACAAGAAAGAAACAGGCUGUUUAAAAAGUUGCGCCAGAAAGAUAGGAAAGAAAUAGAACUGGAAAAGAAAGAGAAAGGCUUCACAGUGUACUUAAACUCUUCUUUCUCUGCUGGAAAAGAUACGAGGAACAAGUUUGAUGCCAACAGAGAACUACAGAGAAGGAAAACUACUAAUGCAGCUGAUCAGGUAACUAGAUCCAAACAAACUGAUUCUGCUAGACAAGUUCUUGAGAGACGUCGUCAUUGGAAUAUCUCUUCAGUUGAAUUUACUUCAGCUGAUGGCCAGAGACACAAAAUCAAGCCACCAGAGAUUCUCACUGGACAUUACCAAGAGGAUUUUGAAGAUGAUGAGUUUGAAAGCAAAAUGUCAUCGCUAGACUUGAAUGAUGAUGACAGCGGUGUAAACAAUUCCUCAUCAUUGACAACACCCAGGAAACAGAAAACCAGUUUCUUGAAGAGAGUGGUGGCGGCUAAGAAAGAAGAGAGUGAAACUGAAAACACUGUAGUUAUCAAGAUGGAGGACAUUAAGAAGUUGCGAGAAAGUUUGCAGAAAAAUCAGACAAUAAGACAAAGUAUCGCCAUGGAUUCAGACUCUGAUGAUGAUCCAGUGGAGAAAUGUUUUAAGAAUGAUUCUGAUGGUGAAAGAAUCUCUCCAAUAGAUGAAGAGAUUGAAGAACUGAUCUACAGUGAUGAUGAUAACUAUGACAACAGAAAAGUCAAUUAUGGGGUUAUGAAGCCUUCAAAACUCUUUAAACCUGGAGAUACAUUAGUCUUAGAGUUUCAGCCCAUACAAAAUAAAAGCAAAACUUCAACAAAUUUAACUGCAGCCAGGAAAAAGACAGAGUCCGACAUCUCUCCUUCAGUUUCAUUUCCAAAGUCAUCACAGUUGUCUUCAUUUACAUCUGGGCAGAAUUCUUUGACACCUAGAGAACUAUCAAUAAAAUCAGAUGCAAGUAAAUCCAACCGUCCAUUGUCUGCCAGUCGUAAGAGUACAGAGACUAAAAUAGAUCCACAUGAUGAAGCAGCUGCUGUGGUGAGAGCUCUUCAGGAGGAAAACAAAAUGGUGGAGAAAUCCAAAAGCAGACCACUCCCACAGCCCAAGAAACAUCCACAGAAGUCAUCCAGCAUCUCUGCGCUACCCACUACCAGUUCAUCUCUUGAUAAAGAUAAGUUGUCCAUUCAAAACCAAAGUGCCUCUAGUUCCGAUAAAUCAGAACCAAAUAUUGAUUGUGUUAUUAAGAAAGUUCUACAGAUGAAUCCAAAACAACAACGCCAUCUCUUAAAUACUUUAAGUCACAUAGAUACAGAAGAUCACUUAGUCAACUCACACUGUAUUACUUCUUCAUGGUCUUCUAAAGGUCCUGUGACAGAACGCAUGGAAGUAACUGUAGAAAUCUUGUCCAACUGGGGUCAUUCUUCACUGGUGGGUCUUACAGAGUUGCAGUUUUUUGAUGAGUCUAAAUGUCUGAUUCCCAUCAAGCCCUCUGAUGUCUCUGUUCAUGGAGUGAAAGAUAAUUACAAUAAAAUUGAGGUCCUGUUCAAUGGAAAAUCCAAGACAACCAAAGAAAGAAAUAUGUGGAGCUGUCCUUUUGAUGGUCACCCUAUUGAGUUCUCCAUACUUUUAAUUAAUCCAAACCCAGGCAAAGAUUUUAAUCUUGGGUCAGUCAAAGUUUGGAACUGGAACAAUAAAAUUAAUAAUUUGGACAUAGGAGCACGACAUAUAUGUAUCCAUUUCAAAGGAAAACUUUUAUUUGAUGGGGAGGUUGAUAAAGGAUGUGGGAAUCAAAUCUUUGAUUACAGCAAGCACAUUGUAUUUUCAGUCAACCAAUCAGAAGCUAACAAAUCUCUUUCCAAAUCUGGGCUUUCUCUUGAUCUGAGUAAAUCAGGAGGGAACUCAAUAUUUCUAUCAAAAAACAGUCCCAGACUUACCUCCCCUGCUUCAGAAUCGCCUACUAAGACAGACAGUUAUGGGCUUACUCCAUCAGGGAGCCAUCAUGCAUUUCGCAGUAUAUCUAGAUCGUCUCAGUCAUCUGCUUCCUCCUCUGGCUCAACUAAAGCCAGUGGCCCAAUUGACGAGAAAGGGGAUGAAGGGGUCAUUCGCAGUGAGACUCGGACUUUGUUACGUGCCACAGUUUUACCAAGGAGAGGUUCUGCCAGUUCUGGAUUUUCCAGUCCAGAAAUAGAACCUCCUAAAAAACAAGACAAUGUCAAGAUGCCUGAGAAGUCCAGAGGUCAAACGCCCAAGAAAAGUAAAAGAGUGGCUGCCAAUUUAAAUGGCAGGUCCAAUGACAAUGACAGUAACUCAAAGUCCAAUAAUGACAGUUCUGAGUCCAAACCCCCACUACCCCCAACACACAAGUCAGAUAGCUCAUCCUCGAGAUCUCUUGAGAGAUCAUCCACCUUGCAGACUAAAAUGUCACCCAAGUCAUCCCGAUCAGAGCCUCACAUCUCCCCAAACUUGUCUUCACCUCCGUCCAACUUGGCUAAAAUUGAUAAGGCCUCAGACAAGAGAGACAGUGACCUUUUGGACUCAAUCAAAAAUAUGAAUCAAAGUGAAAAUAAAAGAAAAAAGGCAGUCCCAACAUGGCUGAAGGGAGCUGACAAUGUUGGAGAUAAAGCUGCAGCACUUAGACACUCAGGUAAAGGGGACAAAACAAAAGAGGAUUCAGAUAUUCAGAAGGAACUGGAUGAAGAGUUUGAAAGGUUUUCACAAAGUGGUACAAACAAGGAUAAUAAAACUCAAGAAGAAGAUGAUGUGCUGUUUCCCAUGAAGAAAGUGGAGAAGACUCGAGCCAAAUGGCGUAGAAAAGAAGCAGACCUGGAGGAAUCCUGGGGCUCACUGUCUUUUUUCAACAAGUCUCAUCGAGGCAGAGUUUCUAUCGACAUGGGAGAUGAUGAACUGGAUGAAUACUUGAAACCUGAAGCUAAAAGUUCAGAAGCUGUCAUACCAGCUGCACCUCCUAGAAUACCUUUACCAGUUGACAGUUGGUCAGAUGAUGACUCAGAGUUCACAAUCCCUGAGUUGCCCAGUGGUAAGGAGAUGGUGAUCAACAUUAAAACUACCUGGGGUGACCAUCAUUAUGUUGGAUUGACAGGCAUCCAAGUGUUCUCUAGUCAAGGGGAGCAAGUUGUCAUUACAAAGAUUUCAGCCAAUCCCAGUGACAUAAACAUUCUUCCUGAAUACAGUCGAGAUCCUCGUGUUGUGACCAACCUAAUUGACAAUGUCAACCGCACCAGAGAUGAUGUCCACAUGUGGCUGGCUCCCUUUACUGCAGGAAAAGACCAUACCAUUUACCUUACAUUCUCCAAGCCUUGCAAAAUAGCCCUAAUGAGAAUAUGGAACUACAAUAAAUCUCGAAUUCAUUCUUUUCGUGGAGCUAAAGAUGUGAUCAUCACAUUGGAUGGUGCCACAGUUUUUAAAGGGGAAAUUGCAAGAGCUUGUGGUGGCAUUGAAGGAGGCACAGAAGCCUUUGGAGAUACAAUUCUAUUCACAACUGAUGAGGCUAUACUGGAAGCUGUGUCCAAACAUGAUGAUGCUUUUGAAGGUGAAACAUUUAGUGAUGCAGACGAUGAGAUGCCAGUGCAGCGACCUUCUACCGCUGAUGCUGAUGAUGAUUCACGUCCUUUCACUCGUGCAGCCGGGCUGUUAAAUAAGGAGACAAGCAAGGGGAGCUCACCAAGACCGGCUAACAGUUUUGUUAUGAAUGUUGGCGAUGUCUUGGUGUAUAGAGCCAAAAAACUUCAGCUUCAGUUUACUGCAACCUGGGGAGACUACCACUACCUUGGGCUGACUGGACUAGAACUUGUUGGGAGUGAAGGGGAGGCUCUCCCCAUCACCACAGAUAUGAUCACAGCCUCACCUCAGGAUUUGCGUCAUUUACCUGGAAAUGAGAAAGAUGACCGUACUUUAGACAAGCUAAUAGAUGGGCAUAAUUUGACCUGUCAAGAUUCCCACAUGUGGCUAAUACCAUUCAAUGAAGGUCAGAGCCACACUGUCACUGUUUCCUUGUCUCAGCCCACACUGCUCACUGGUGUCCGGGUCUGGAAUUACAACAAAAGUCCAGAGGACACUUACAGAGGGGCCAAAAUCAUGCAUGUUUUUAUCAAUGACAAAAUGGUGUCUCCACCAGAAGGUUAUUUGCUAAGGAAAGGACCUGGCAUCUGUUAUUUUGACUUUGCUCAAGAGAUCAACUUUUCAAAUGCAACCUAUGCUAACAGCUUGUCUAGUUUGUCAAAUGCUAUAUCAGAUCAAAACUUUGAGAGUGCUCUACAAAUGCCAAGGGGUUUUAUUUUCCAGUUCCAACUCUUUAACACCUGGGGAGAUCAGUACUACAUUGGACUCAAUGGCUUGGAAUUUUAUGAUGCUGCUUUUCAUAAGAUAGAGCUGACUCAGACUAACAUCGCUGCCUAUCCAGACAGUGUGAAUGUUUUGGACAAUGUCAUAAAUGAUGCACGUACACCAGACAAACUAAUUGAUGGCUUUAAUGACACUAAUGAUGGCAGACAUAUGUGGCUGGCUCCUAUUUUGCCCUCAAUUAUAAAUCGAAUUUAUGUGAUUUUUGAUCAACCAACAUCAGUUUCCAUGAUUAAGUUGUGGAAUUACAGCAAGACUGUUACAAGGGGUGUUAAGGACUUUGCACUCUUAGUUGAUGAUCUUCUUGUCUACAAUGGAACACUUCAAGCCAUCAGUGGAGGAGCUAAAGGCAUAGUCCCUAACUGCAGUGCCCCAGUCCCGCAUCAUACGUUACUCUUUUCAGACAAUAAGGAGGUGGUACAAAAAGAAAAGCAUUUUAUCAUAAGUAACCAGUCAGAAGAUCAAGAUAUUCAGCUUAUGAAUGAUAAGAAAUUGAUCAGCCAAGGCACUAAUGCCUUCUCUAAUAAACCUGUCAAUCAAGCCCUAAGACCUAAAACUAGUGUAACCAAGACCUCAAGAAGGUGACAAGCCCAGAGGACUUUACUAAAAACAGUGGAAACGAGCAAAUAAACAUUUGAGAUCACUGUGUGGAUGCAAUCCUUUCAAGAGAAUAUGUAACAAUUCCAAAUUAUGAUAUGUAAGAAAUAGUUAACAAAAUCAAAUUGUUUUUAUUUGUUCAGAGAAUCUCAAAUAGCUGUGUGUUGUAUCAGGAUUUCCUUUAGAUCUGCUAAAAUUAUUAUUUAAGAAUCUCUUUAAAUCAGAUAUUUAAAGAUAUAUUGUACAGUUAAUGGAUAUUUUGUUUUAAUUAUUAUAACAAAGAAAAAUUAAGAGCACUAAUUUCAAGUCAUUUGUAUUGUCUAGAAGCUCUUCUGUGAUAAUUUCUUUUUGUUGUUUUCAAUCUGGAAGUUUAGUUAAUAUGUGAACAAAUGCAGAGACAGCUCUAUGUGUUGACAGUUUUGUUUUUUAAAUAAAACAUACUUUAAAACAAA